UUCAAAAUUCUCCAUACUCUGUCUUGCCCAUACUCUCUCUCUCUAGCAAUCUCCACCAGUCAUUUUUCCUCCUAUGGAUUGGGAAGUUCUGUGGAGAAAAUGGCCCAGUAUAGCAGCUGAAUUCUUCAUCACAACAACGAGCUUUCUUGUCUUUCUGUUCCUCGAUCUUAUUGAGGUUAUCCUGUGUGUAUUCUAUAGAUACGUGGACGAGCUACUCGAAGGGAAGACCGCUCCAUGUUACUGUCAGAUCAGGACACAACAUAAUGGAGCCAUUGUUGAAUGUGAAAGAGAAAGUCUGCUUUCUGAAACACUUUUCGCCCGAAAAAACAUUUUCCGGGAAAAGGGUUUGCUUAGAUUCGCAACAAAGUGGGAAGAUUUUCGGACUGAAGAUUGUGGGUGGGUGAAUCAGAGGUGGUCCGAUUGUGGGUGUGAGUCGUGCGUUUCGUGGACGACCAAUGAUGAUAAGCUUCGUCUUCAUGUUGUGGUGAAAGAAGCAGUUUCAGAGGAAGAAGAAACAGAAAAUGUGAUAUUCUUGCAUGGUUUUAUGUCAUCUUCCUCAUUUUGGACAGAAACCAUUUUCCCUAACAUAUCUUUGCUCACAAACCGCAAGUUUAGGAUUUUCGCGGUAGAUCUUUUGGGAUUUGGAAGAAGCCCAAAGCCAAGGGACUGCUUAUACACACUGAAGGAUCAUUUGGACAUGAUUGAGAAUUCAACCAUUUUUCCUUCUCAGCUGAAUUCAUUUCACUUAGUUGCUCACUCUAUGGGCUGUGUACUUGCCUUGGCCUUAGCUGCAAGACACCCCCAUGCUGUGAAAUCCAUUACUUUGUUUGCACCGCCUUAUCUUGCUCAUGAUAAAGAAGAGGAAGCUAGUUUAAUGGCACUUGAAAGACUUGCUAUAAGGAGAAUAUGGCCACCGUUGUUGUUUGGUUCUGCGGUUAUGUCAUGGUAUGAGCACUUGGGCCGAUGUGUAUAUUUCGUGGUGUGCAGGAACCAUAAGAUCUGGGAGGGUAUUCUAAAGCUAAUAACUGGAAGAAGGAAUCUUGAUUUUAAGAUCAUGGACAUGACCCGACACACCCAUCAUUCAGCUUGGCACACGAUGCACAAUGUAAUAUGUGGCGGAGCAAAGUUUGUGGACGGAUAUUUGGAAAUAUUGAAGAGGUCGAAAGUGAAAAUAAAUGUAAUCCAAGGGGGACGAGAUAAAGUGGUUCCACCUGAAUGCAGUGCCAACUUGAAGAAAAAAGUCCCAGAUGCAGACUUUCAUAUCAUCCCAAACGCCGAUCACAGUGUGAUUUUCGGGAGAGAAAAUGAUUUAACCCGAUAUUUAGAGACCAUAUGGUGGUCAUGCAACGAGUGAGUCAUUUACCUCUUGAGUCCAUUGUUCAAUCAGAUCUUCAUAACUCAAGCUCUUUCAUCAGCCUAUGAACCUGAAGAAAUAAGAUCAAACUGUUUCUAUUUCUCAAUUUCUGAAUUGUAAUUUUUAUGUAUGUUAUUAUUAUUUACUCUUGUUACUUUAAGAUUUAAAUUAUAAUAUCGACAUAUGAUAAAAAAGAGUAUUUAUUUCUUUC